AUGGCCGUCCAACUCAAAUGGCCUUGGCUUGGUAUUGCCAUACCCUGCUUUCUAAUAUCUUUUAUUGGAUAUAAUGCCCACUACUUCAUCUUCACCAAUUACAUGACAAAGAGAAAUCAGUGGUGGUUCCAGUUCUACCUUACCAUGGUAUGGAUCUCCUAUUAUUUAGCCAUCAAGAAAUCCCCUGGAACCCCUCCUCCAAAUUUUCAGCCAGAACCAAACGAGUGGCGGAAAUGGUGUCGGAAAUGCAAUAACUACAAACCAGAAAGAUCCCACCAUUGCAAGACUUGUAAGAUUUGCGUGUUAGUGAUGGAUCAUCAUUGUCCCUGGACGGCCAAUUGCGUUGGAUACCAGAAUAUGCCCCAUUUCAUUCGAUUCCUUGGUUGGGUAGUGUUUACCACUUCAUAUGUUCUUCUGCAAAUAUGCAAAAGGUUUUACUUUUUUUAUCAGAACAGAAACUUACCCUCUUAUCUGUUCAAAAAAACGGAGAUUGUUUUUGCAGUGAUUCUGUUCUUUAUGGAUACCCUGGUUCUAGUAACCGUGUCUGCACUUCUUUUCCGAACACUCUAUCAUAUAACUUUUACUGGAAUGACUACUAUUGAAAGCUGGGAGCAUGAACGUCUUGAAGACCAAUUCUAUACUAAUCGAUUAUGGAGGAAGAUUGCCUACAAUUAUUACCAGUUCCACAAGAAAAAGCUACCGGCACUUAAAAGUUGGACAAACAUCACGGGCAAGAAUGACGAGCGACUUGAUUCUAUGUCUAAUGAGCUAGCCGAGACUGAAUGCCCAACGUCGCCCGAGUACCAAUUCGACGAUGAUGAAAAUCUAGUUCCAGAUCAGUUUACUAUAGAUGAUAUCAUAUUCCCCUAUGAUACAGGUUAUUGGUCAAACCUGACAAACACAUUAGGACCUAUUUACGAAUGGGUGCUUCCGUGGGGAUGUCCCCAUGGGACUGGCUAUUACUUUUCAAAAUCUGAUUUCUAUCAGGACGAUCAAUUGACAAUACCCUGGCCCAUAGAUGGAAAUCACACGUUGAAACCAGAUCAAGACUCAAAAGAUACAGCAACAUCCUCAAGUUACCAGUUAUCCCCCUACAAGCUGGAUGAUGAGCCAUCACCAAGAAAUACUGACUGGUCCAACGAUUUUGGUGAACGUAUGGAUGAUUUUGGCGUUGACACUGACGUCGAAUGA